AUGGAACCUUUACCAGAUCCAAAAAAUGACAGACAAAUAAAAGAUGUCGAGCCUCCCCCAUCAAAACCACUUAAUACGCAACUCCUGUACCCAAAUGGAAUAGACGGGGCUCCAGAUUAUAAAACAUUGAUGCACCAUUUAAGAAAAGAAGGUCGAAUAAAAAAAGAAGAUUGUUUAGAUAUAAUAAAAAAAGUUAUAGAUAUAGUUAGUAAUGAACCCAAUUUAUUAAGACUACAAGAUCCUAUUACAAUAGUUGGAGAUAUUCAUGGACAAUAUUAUGAUUUGUUAAAAUUAUUAGAAGUUGGAGGAAAUCCUGAUAAUACACAAUUUUUAUUUUUAGGAGAUUAUGUAGAUAGAGGAUCAUUUAGUAUCGAAGUCUUAUUAUUAUUAUAUGCAUUAAAAAUAAAUUUCCCAGAUAAAAUAUGGUUAAUUCGAGGAAAUCAUGAAUGUAGGCAAAUGACAACAUUUUUUAAUUUUAGAGAUGAAUGUGAAUAUAAAUAUGAUAUAGUAGUAUAUUAUGCAUUUAUGGAAUCAUUUGAUACUUUACCAUUAUCUGCAGUAAUAAAUGGAAAAUUUUUAGGAGUACAUGGUGGAUUAUCACCUGAACUUAUUCUUUUAAAUCAAAUAUGUGCAUUCACUAGAUUUCAGGAACCACCACGAUCAGGAAUAUUUUGUGAUAUACUUUGGGCUGAUCCUAUUGAUGAAGAUAAAGAAGAACAUACAAUUCAACAAGAAUUAUAUUUUCCAAAUGAUAUAAGAGGAUGUAGCUAUUUUUUUGGAUAUAAUGCUGCAACAUCUUUUUUAGAAAAAAAUGGAUUAUUAUCAAUUAUAAGAGCACAUGAAGCUCAAUUAGAAGGUUAUAAAAUGCAUCAAACAAAUUUAAAAACAGGAUUUCCUACAGUUAUAACUAUUUUUUCGGCUCCAAAUUAUUGUGAUGUAUAUAAUAACAAAGGAGCUGUGCUAAAAUUUGAUAGUAACACAUUAAAUAUACAACAAUUUAGUUUUUCACCACAUCCAUAUCAUUUACCAAAUUUUAUGAAUCUAUUUACAUGGUCAAUACCAUUUGUUAGUGAAAAAGUAACAGAAAUAAUUUACUCAAUUCUAAAUUCUAGCAUUAAUAAUUCAAAUGAUGAUAUGAAUAAUAUUAUUUUACCUCCUGAAAUUUUACAAAUAUUAAGUUAUAUUGAAGAUAAUAAUAAAAAGUUAAAUAUAAAUGAUCAAAAUAAAAAUUCAAAUAUGCAUGAAGGAUUAUUAAAAGAUGACUCAUUUAAUAAUAAUACAAAUUAUGUAGAUAAUCAAAAUUUAAAAACAAAUGAAGAAAUACAAACUUCAAGAGAUAAAGCUGAUGCUUUAAGGAAAAAAGUACAAUCUAUUGGAAGAUUAAUGAGAGUUUUUAGAACUCUUAGAAAAGAAAAUGAAUUAAUUGUUCAACUUAAAGGUUGUAGUCCUGGUUAUAAAAUUCCAGUUGGUUUAUUAUUAAGUGGAAAAGAGGGUUUAGAAAAUGAACUUGAAAAAUUUACAAAAGCAAAAGAAAUUGAUAGUAUAAAUGAAAAGAGACCAUCAAAUGAAUAA